AUACACCAUUUUAUGGUCAUUUACCCAAAUUGCAAAAAAAUAUCUUUGAGCAGCCAGCCAUAUCCUCCGAAAGCUUCCAAGUUUAAUUUGUACACCACAAAAAGAUAAAAGAACCAAAAAAGUAACAUCUUCUUUUCCAGAUAUGGUCUGUAGUCUGUGCUAUUUUGUAAAUAUGACUCCAUACUAGAUUUGUGUCCCUCACCAAAUCGGUCUCAUCCUAGAAACAUACCAUUUGCACACAAAUUAUUCAUACAGAUAUAACCGUACAAUAUUUGAGAUAGGCCCCAUCGACGUCGUUUAGCUCAAAGCAAGAAGGGAGAGAGAGAGUCAGCGAGCUUCGUUAAUGGCGGAUGUUAAGGACUCAGUGAUUACCAAGUACGGAAUCGUAGGGAUUGGUAUGAUGGGAAGAGAACAUCUCAUCAAUCUUCACCAUCUCCGUGACCAAGGCCUCGCCGUCGUUUGCAUCGCCGAUCCUCACCCUCCUUCACAGCUCCUGGCCAUUGAACUCGCUCAAUCUUUUGGAUGGGAGCUUAAGGUUUUCUCAGGACACGAGGAGUUGCUCAAGAGUGAGCUGUGUGACGUUAUUGUUGUCUCUUCUCCAAAUAUGACUCAUCAUCAGAUUCUUAUGGACAUUAUCAAUUAUUCAAAACCGCAUCAUGUUCUUGUUGAGAAGCCUUUAUGCACCACAGUUGCAGAUUGCAAACAGGUUUUGGAGGCUGCAAAGAAAAGGUCAGAUAUGGUGGUGCAAGUUGGGUUGGAGUACAGAUACAUGCCGCCAGUUGCUAAGCUAAUAGAACAAGUAAAAGGCAGAGACUUUGGUAAUGUCAAGAUGGUAGCAAUCCGAGAACAUAGAUUCCCUUUCUUGGUUAAGGUGAACAACUGGAAUAGAUUCAAUGUGAACACUGGAGGGACCUUAGUGGAGAAAUGCUGCCACUUCUUUGAUCUAAUGAGGCUCUUUGCCGGUGCAAAUCCUGUCUGUGUGAUGGCUUCUGGAGGCAUGGAUGUGAACCACAAGGAUGAAGUUUAUGGUGGAAAGGUGCCUGAUAUAAUUGAUAACGCAUAUGUUAUUAUUGAGUUUGACAAUGGAUGUCGUGGGAUGCUCGAUCUUUGCAUGUUUGCUGAAGGAAGCAAAAACGAGCAAGAAAUUUCUGUUACUGGUGACAUUGGAAAGGGGGAGGCACUUGUUCCAGAGGGUAUAGUUCGAUCUGGCAGUCGUAUUGGAGGAAGAGAACACGUUCAAACAAUAAAAGCAGAAGAUGAAAGAAUAAAAUAUGAAGGGUUGCAUCACGGGUCAAGUUACUUGGAACACCUCACCUUCUUAUCAGCAAUCAGAGGUGAAGGAAUAGCAGCUGUUGAUUUGGAAGACGGAUUGAUGGCUGUUGCCAUGGGAGUUGCUGCACAGCUCUCCAUUCAGGAGCGCCGCUAUGUAACCAUUGACGAGGUCUUGUGAUUUGUGACUGUCAGAUAGGUAAAUAAACUAAAAUAGAACCUUUGUAUUAUUACCGUUCAAAUGUUUGCCAUACAACACUGUUUAUUGUAAGAAGAGAGUGAUCAUCAACUGUUGUUAUAAGAUAAGCCAAUAAAUUGAAAUAGCAACUUAUUUGUACUGCUUGGCAAUGGAACUGGAUCAAACAGCCCCUCAAUUUCUCU